AUGGAAUUUGAACGAUAUGCAGUAAAGCCAGAGGAUACUCUGGCUAGUAUAUCAUCUUUAUUUCAUAUGAAAAUUGCUGAUCUCUGCCAUUUAAACCAAAUUUCAGGAGAGGGAGAUCUUUUUCCAGGGAUGGUUUUAGAUGUCCAGCAUGCCGACUCAAAAGCUCUUCCUUUUGAAGAGCUUGGGGACCAGAUAAAUAAUUCUGAUGCACCAGUUCUACAAAGAAACACAACGAUUGAGCAAUUUUCAAUUGAUUCUAGAAACGACUUCACCCUUGAGGUUACAUACUGCACAGCUGACGGAGAUGUUGUCGGUGAGCUUGGCGUUUCUCACAACAAAAUUGUCUUCUGUCCUUAUUCAGAAAAUGAUCGAUGUAUAGUAACUGCGAACACUCAAAAAUACUCAGUGCCAGCCACACAGUUUCGCUUAUGCAUUGCAAUCAGAGACAUUACGUCCUGCAGUAUAUUAGAGCUGCCUUCCCUCAAUGCUUUGCAUCCAGAAGACAAAUUAAAGAACUUCUUCAUUAAUUUUCUAAUUACAAGAACCGGUAAAGAAAAAAAGGAAAUCGAUACAAACAUCCCGAAAGCCAAUGUCUGCUUUAAGCUUUCUGAAAAAGGGCCCAAAGGCCAGUACAACUAUUUUGAACAAAAAGUAAAUUCUGAUGAAUUGGUAGGGCUUGUUAGGUCUAGACAAGAGCAGCAAAGAUUAUCACCUUCGUCAGAAUGAAAGACUUUUGUGCCUUAUUUUGACUUGAAUAGAUCCUAUCAGCAGUAUGUAGAAGCAGGAUUAAAAGAAUCUAACUUUGAAGAAGAGGAAGAAAAAUACCAAGAUUUGAGUAUGGAAAUUGAAGAAUAUCAGCUAGUUACGAGAAGAAGCAUUCGGUUUAGUCUCAUGCUGGAUGAAGAGGAUAUUUUACCUGGGCUCUCACAGCCUUCUGAAAUUUUGAGCGAUGCCAAAGUUAUGCAAAUAACUAAAAACAUGGGAAUGCUGUUUCAAAUAAGAAAUUGGAAACUUGCAUAUUCGUUUACUGUUCAUGGGACUAGCUUAGAAGUAUUUUUCAGGUCACUUGAAGAUUUGGGACCUUCUGUUUUAGUGAUAGAAGAUGCUGAUCACCAUAUUUUUGGAGGAUUCGCUUCACAUCAGUGGAAGCCGACUAAAUUAUUUUAUGGGACUGGCGAUUGUUUCUUAUGAACUUUUCAUGAUACAAAAAAGAUUCAGUGUUUUUUUCCAACUUUAUUAAAUGAUUUUUACAUGAGUUCGGAUCAAGAUGGGAUUACGAUGGGUGCUGGAGGGAAAGCAGGGCUGCUUAUCGAUAGAAAUUUUGUAUAUGGCUCAAGUGGGCGUAGUGAUACAUAUGCUAAUGAAAUCUUGAGUGGAAGAGAGCAUUUUAACCUUUUAAAGCUUGAAUUUUGGGCUUUAGUCUAA